AUGAUCAACUACAUCCUGCUAGUAUCACGACAAGGCCCGUCACCUUCCUUCAACCCAUCAAAGUGCAAAGUACGCCUUGCGAAAUGGUUUUCCACCAUGCCGCCCAAGGCAAAAGCCAAGAUUGUAAAGGACGUCACUCAGCUCGUCCUGGCUAGGCGCACGCGGAUGUGUAAUUUCCUGGAGUACAAGGAUACCAAGGUCGUAUACCGCCGAUAUGCAUCGUUGUUCUUCGUUUGUGGGAUUGCCUCAGGGGAUAACGAACUGAUCACGCUUGAGAUUAUUCACCGUUACGUCGAGGUUUUGGACCGGUAUUUUGGAAAUGUAUGCGAGCUAGACCUCAUCUUCAAUUUCCAGAAAGCGUAUGCGAUUCUGGACGAGCUCAUAAUCGCAGGAGAGAUGCAAGAAUCCUCCAAGAAGUCGGUGCUGCGCGUGGUCACGCAAUCGGAUAGCGUCGAAGAGCAAGAGUCCUCCGAGGACAUCAUAGGUCGUUUGGGAGCUGCACGCGGUUAG